AUGGCUGCUUUGGAAGCAGCUGCACAGGUAAAGAUGCAAGCUGCUGUAGAGGAGAGGUCAUUGAAGCAAAGUGGGAGGUUUCGAUUGGUGGCUGACCCCAGCAUCCCAGUGACUGCAAUCCAAGGUGCCCUCACAGGGUUCUUGCAGUUCAAGCAGAAGAAGGAUCUAUGGAGUUUGAUCUGCCCACCCCCCACUGGCCCCAUGUCCUAUGGAUGGCACACAGCUCCUCAUGGAGAGUGGUUGUCCAAAGUUGCCGGUUUGCUUUUUGACUUGGUGAAAGUGUGUCCAAACACAAAGCUCACUCCUACCAAGUUGAGUGCGACCCCCAGGGCAAUGAAUACAAACAGGGACUUAGAGUUUUCUUCAACGCCCAAAGGCCAUACCACUGAGGAUAUGAUUGACAAGUGCGGCCUUACCUUGAGGAUUUUGUUGUCCAUGCUGCGAAACCUCAAGCUCAGCCCUGGCUUGAGAACUAAAGUGUUCAGGAUGCUGUCCAAGCAGGAUCAGGUGAAGAUCGACUUGGUGCUGGAGAGGGUUGUCUUGCCAGCAGAGAUGAUGGGCAUGGAGUAUGUGGAUGAUGAUGAGAAAUCAUCAGCAGCCAUCGUUUCCAUGGAGAGCAGCCCUGCUCCUUCUCCUGAGUCUUUGGCCAUUGUGCCCUACCAACCACCCAAGCCCAAAACAGAGAAGAAGUCCCAGCCGUAUUACUUGAGCCCUUUCCCUGCAAUCUUCCAGAGGAUUCUGGGGCAGAAGCCAAAGCCAGAAGCACCAGCUUCCAGUGGCACCAGUGCACCAAUGGCACCAGCACACCAAAAGCCCAAAAGUCAGGGCACCAGUGCACCAAUGGCACCAGCACACCAGAAGCCCAAAAGUCAGGGAUCCAAGAGCAAACCGGUUGAAUCUUCCCUCCUGUCCAAGGCCAUGUCGUAUCAGCCCACCAUGGUGGUGAAAGAAAAGAAGAAGGCAAAUGAGAAGAAGUCAGUGAAGAACAGUGGCCAGAAAAGACAGAGUGAUGCUGAGCCCAAAAGCAUUAAGCCAUCACAAAAGCCAAAGGAGAAGAAGGGCACCCACAUCCAGCAGGAAAGCCAAUAUGAGGCAGGCAAAAUGGCAGAGAUCCGCUCCUUUUUCAUCAAGCAGUACAUGGAGAGCAUAUCCAAUUUGGGCAAAAAGGUGACUCGAUCUGAUGCCUCCAAGGCAUGGAUGACUUCGACCAAGAGGGCCCAGCUUCUGGCACAAAUGCCUUUGCCUGAGCUGAAGAGGAGGAGGUUUGUUCCCAAGGACUGUGAGGAGAACCCCUUCCCUGCCAUGAUCGAAGCCUCCAGUGUAGAGUGA